GAUCUGCAACGUCAAACACCUCAAACAUGAGAAAAGCUAUCAGGAAGAGCGCGCAAUAAGCCUGCUCUCACACACGCUAAGUGGAAGUGCAUGUGAGGAUAAACUGAGAGCUGUCAGUGCGCUUUGUUCACGUCUUCAGGUGAAAUACAGGGAAGGUCUGUUAUUUUAAUGCUUGGGAACUCCACGCUGAGCCAAAUGGAUGGGUUUCAUGUGACCAUUCGAACGACAGCAUCUCCUUUCUCAGGAACAUAUGGCAGCGUUUGGAUCUCUUUGAUUGGUACUCUGUGCGAGAGCCCUUCAGUCAGAGUAGAUCCAGAUCAACAUCGUCUCCUGCCAGGCUCGGCCUGUACCAUUGUGGUCAAGCCUAAAGAGCAAGUUGGCAAAGUGGUUCUGCUGAAACUGCGUCUUGAGGCUCAGCCUGGUUUUCCGGACCUGGAUUGGCACUGUCAGGAUGUGCAGUUGAGACGUAGUUCAGAGGAUCCCGAGGUGGAGGUUUUUCCUUGCCAUAAAUGGAUCCGAACUGCAGAUGGUAAUGUUGAGCUUCGCAAUGAGAAAGUGUGUCUGAAGAAGGGGGAGACAUUGGCAACCUUAAAAGUUCACAGGGAGAAAGAUCUCCACAAUAAACAGCAGUUCAUCAGGUGGGGCACAUUUGUUGAAGGUGGCCCUCAUUGUGUAGACAUGUCCAGUGUGGAAGCUCUAGGCCCUAACUUGAGUUGCGUCCGUCAGCGCCCAAGCACCACCACACACUAUCUGAAGGGUUUUAUUGAAAGAAGAUCUUGGAGUAAUCUGCAGGAACUUGAGACAUUCUUCUUUUUCAAUGCAAGGGAGAACACCAUUGCCAAAUAUAUUCAGGCCAACUGGAAAGAUGAUGCCUUCUUUGGAUAUCAGUGCCUCAAUGGCUGCAAUCCUCUGUGCAUCAGACAGAUCAACAACCUACCACCUAACUUGUCUGUCACUUCAGAGAUGCUCAGAUCUUUUCUACCAAAGGGGUUAUCCCUGGAGCAGGAGAUGGAAAGAGGACAUAUAUAUAUUCUGGAUUACGAGGUGCUGGAUCAGUUGCCAGCUAAUACUGUCAAUGGAAAACAGACCUACUUGGCCGCUCCCUUAUGUCUGCUGCAUUACAAUCAACAUGGAGAGCUAAAGCCCAUUGCCAUCCAACUUCAACAGGUUCCUGGUCCACAGAAUCCUGUGUUCUUGCCCUCUGAUCCUGCACCUGAUUGGUUGUUAGCAAAGAUGUGGGUGCGUAAUUCAGACUUCCAGAUCCAUCAGCUACUUUCUCACUUUCUGCGCACUCAUCUUUUUGGAGAGGUGUGCUGCACUGCAACGCUCAGACAACUGCCGGAGAUUCAUCCUCUGCACCAGCUCCUGAUGCCCCACAUCCGAAGCACACUUCAGAUUAACAUUCAGGCUAGAGCUACUCUUCUGGCCAAAAAUGGUGUUUUUGACAAGUCUAUAGCCUGUGGUCUGGAGGCAAUACCGCUGCUGUUUGCUCGAGCAAUACAACAUCUACGCUACAGCUCAAUGUGUGUGCCAGACGACCUUAGAGAGCGAGGACUUGAUACACUGCCCAUCUGCUAUUACGCACAAGAUGCUCUCAGGGUGUGGGAUGUACUACACAGGUUUGUUGCUGGCUGGAUUAGAUUGUAUUACUGUAAUGAUGAGGACGUCCAACAGGACUGUGAGCUGCAGAACUGGAUUAGAGAAAUCUUCAUGGAGGGAUUCCUCGGCCUCACUCAUAUAGGAAUUCCACAGGCUUUUCAGACCACAUCUGAAAUGUGCAAGUUUGUCACCAUGAUGAUCUUCUCCUGCUCAGCACUUCAUGCAGCUGUGAACUUCUCUCAGCUUGAUUACAACCUUUGGUUACCAAACAGUCCAGCAGCCAUGCUACGCCCCCCUCCUCAGACAAAAGGCUCAGUGUCUGAGCAAGAGCUUCUCUCCUUUCUUCCAGAGGUGAAUUCCACUUGCCAUGUCAUUAGUGUCUUGUCCCUGCUGUCAAAGCCUGCCACUGACUAUGUGCCCUUGUGCCAUUAUGGUGAAUGGUACUUCCACUGCGAUGCAACUCUCAGGCUUGUGGAGGGGGUACAGAAAGAGCUGAGGAUGAUAACAAAAGAUAUCACAGAAAGGAAUAGCAAGUUGGUGUUGCCUUACCCUUACCUGGCCCCAGAUCGCAUUGAGAACAGUGUGACUAUCUGAGUUCAAUAAUUAAAGCACUUUUCUUUCUUCUUUAAAGGCAGUUUCAUUUAAGAAAUGUUUUUCUGCAUUUCAUGACAAUCAUGAGUUUGAAAAGUCAGUGUAACCUGGGCUUAAUGAUUCAUCUAAUUUUCAGCUAUACUUAAAUUUAGAGCUUGAAGCUUUGUGUUUCUUAAAUGAUUGAAGAUUGAAACUGGUUUUAUAGUUCUGUACACUGUAACUACAAUUACGUUCCUAUCGUGCUACAAAUAAAUGCAUCAUUUAGUUUCCAAAGAAAACACAUAUAACAAAAAAUGUACUAAUAAAAUCCAAAAAGGAAGUUUGAUCUGGUCUAUCAUUUUUUACCUCUUUGAAAAAUGUAAGAAAAUAUGCCUUUAUUGUCACUACCUAAUGAUAAAGUUUUCAGAUAUUUCUAGACUACGAAGACAAGUGUCAGAAAUUAACUUUACCAUUACGGGGCAAUAUUUGGACUUGAUUCUUGGGGGCAUUUUUACCAUAAUGAUAGCAUUUUGUUUUUGUAACUAUAUCAAAAUACUAAAAUACUUAAAUUAAACCAGUUCAUUAACAAGAGAUAAAAAUGCUUAACUUGGCCUAGAAUAGAACAUUAAGACCCAUUUUACAAAUAAAAAAACAGAGGAAUUAAUUAUCAGGACAUGUUAACUUCUGACUGGAGGCAAAAAGGACGUUAGGAAUGUUCAGGAAACCUGUUUCAAAGCAGUAAUUUGCUAUUUCGUUUGGUGCUGCUAGUGGCAUAAAAAUCCUGCAUACAGCAAUUGGUCGCAUGUGACUUGCAAAGAUACUACCACUUGAACAGUUGCGUUGACACCUUAGAAUAUGCCUCAUGAUAAAAAAGGUCAGGUUUUGUACAAAACUAUGGAUAACAUUGUAUGGUCUACCCCAUGUAAUAACAUAUAUGACACGUGAAUGUGUUUUGCGUUUUAUCAUUCAUUAAAAUUUCUUAAGAUUGAUUUUUGAAAGUCGAGCAUGUUCGCUUUGUACGCUUUUUCCACACAUGCAUGUAUCAUAUAUUUUUUGUUUUCAAUCGGUCCUAAUUAAAAUCCUAAGACAAGUCCCCUAUGAGUAAGUUUAUGCAAUCAAAUUGUAAUUGUAACAUUUAAUGCAUUUCAGCGACAGAUUUAACCCGAUGAGAAAAGUGGUCAUUGUUGUUGAUACUGCAGGGCGCCAUCGCCAUUAACCAGUAAGGUGAGCUGUUUUUAUUUGCUUUUUUAAUUAGGCCUAAUAAAAGAUGAGCUGAUUUGUAUCAACAUUGGACUAACUCAUAUUAGACCAGUUGUAAAUCUGCUGCACAUGUCCAGCUGAUAAGUAAGUUUUUCGUAAGUUUCAAGUAUUUCCUCACACUUAUUUACAAGCUGAUUUAGAGGUCUUAGUUCUUACUGUUGUGCUCUUUCAAAAGCCGCUAUUUUACAUUUGACUACAAUAAUUACUCUGCAUGACCAUUCCACAAACUUUGUUCACCCUAAAGGCUAUUGUGUUUCAACUACAUGAUUAUUACUGCUUUAUAAAACAGAAUUGCUCUCAGUUUCAUU